GCCCGGCCGCGUCGUCAGUCGAGCCCCGCAGCCUGUUACCCCGUCCAGCCGGGCCAGAGGCGCCUGGUACACUCUUUCUGGGCUUCCGGGGUCGCUCGGUCCUCACCGCUGCCCCCCGCGCUGCUCCCCCGGCGGGUAACGUAGCCGGGUCCUCCGGCGUUUGCCCUGCACAGCGCGGCCCGGGCGGAGCGGUCUCCCCCGCUCGGGGAGUGUGGCCCUGCGCCCCGGCGGCCCACGCGUUCGCAAGUCGGGCCCGGGAGCCCGGCGGCCGGGCGGCUUGGGGGCGGCCCCGGGGUGACCGAGUGCGUCCCGCCGUGCGUGCCGGGUACGGCGAGGGCAGCGCAGGCCCGCGGGGAGCCCACGGUCCGACGGCCGCCGCUCUCACCUCUGCCCGGAGGCUGCUGCUGAUAUUUUUCUUUUAUAUCUGAACCGCAUACCUUCGCAUUUGGAUCUGCCUAUUUGCUGUUGUGCUUUGGCUUGGCGUUUCCUUUUAACCUUCGCGCUGGCCGCUUCCCUAUCCCCAGCCCGCGGGAAUCUCAAGUCCUUCGAAAGGUCUUCGUCUCCCACCCGCAGAUGUAUUCAUCCAGUCUCGUGGACUCAAAGCCUGUCUGAAUGCCAGUGAGCCCCAAAUGUGUAUGUCCAGCCCUGGCCCCUUCUUCGGACGCCAGACCUGUGGUGUUUACUAUGUCUUUGGCUGAUACAACAAAAACAAAUAUAGAUGAACAUUUCCCCAGUGUGGCAUUAGAAAACAACAGGAAGUCUACAGAAUGCAAGAGAAGCCCAGGCACAGGUGAUUUUUCAAGGAAGAGUAAUGCUUCUGAUAAGAGUGUUGAUUAUAGCAGAUCUCAGUGCUCCUGCAGAAGUUUAAGUUCUCACUAUGAUUAUUCAGAAGACUUUCUCUCGGAUUAUUCAGAAACUGCCAUUAAUAGAAAUUAUUUAGAGCAGCCUGUGGUAAGAAAAAAGGAGGAGGAGAAGAAAAAGCAUAAUGUUUCUAAAAUCUCCCAAGCUGAAGGCCAGAAGGAAAUCUUAAUUGGAAAAAAGUACACCUCGAAUGCCUCAGUUUUUAAUUCUCAAAUCAAUAUGAUUACCCAAAGAAGAGAUGCUACGGCUCAUCGAAUACUGUCAGCAAGGCUUCACAAGAUUAAAGAACUAAGAAAUCAAUUAGCUGAAAUACAUCGUAAAUCGGAAGCCAUCAUCAUAGAAAACCAAUUUCUGAAACAACUUCAGCAUAGGCACUUGAAAGCUAUAGGAAAAUAUGAGAAUUCAAAAAAUAAUCUACCUCAAAUUAUGGUUAACCAUCAGAAUGAAGUAAAAAAUUUAAGGCAACUACUUAGGAAAUCCCAGGAAAAGGAAAGAACUGUAUCUAGGAAACUUAGAGAGACUGACAACGAGUUACUGAAGACUAAAGAUGCCUUGCAGGCUCUACAGAGACUUUCUGAAGACAAAAAUCUUGCAGAAAGGGAAGAACUCACUCAAAGAUUGUCUAAUCUUACGACAAAAAUGGAGGAAAAUGACAAAAAAAUACAGAGCUUGGAAAAACAACUGAGGUUGAACAGUAGAGCCUUUACUAGGCAGCUGGCUAUUGAAAAUCGGAAGAUUGUAGGAGCUCAAACAGCUACCAAGACUCUGCAAGUGGAAGUAAAACGCCUCCAACAAAAACUUAAGGCUCUUUUGCCUCUGGCUUCUUUUGUUCAGCAUGGUGUGGGGGGAUUCAUCCAUGCCGGUGCUACCAUCAUUAUUUCUUCAACAAAAUCAGUACAAGCAGACAGAAAAAGUUCAUCAUUUGUAAGUAUGAGAAACCAGGAAACCCAAAAAUCAGAUGAUGUUCCAUCUUUGACAACUAAGGGUAAAAGGGCAACAGGAAACAUUGGUUAUAAAGAAAAAUCACCUGAAAUAGACCAUGAAAUUUCUCACUAUAUCAGUAAACUACUAAAGCAAGAGGAGUCUAAGAGAAAACAUGAAGGUUUAUCAAAGGAAGAACAUUUGAAAGUACAAGCACCUCUGGAGAAUAUUGGAAGACAAAGAGAGAAAAAGGAAGAUCAAGAAAAGAAGACCAUUUUAAUGAAAGAACAAGAACUACCACCAAAAAGAAUUCAAGUAAUUAAUCCUGAAAGAGAAGGCAGUCAGGAAGAUGACAGAGUAAAAGACAAGCUUCAAAUAACUGACCAAACUAAUGACCUGACUGAGAUACCUGAGAAACAUGCCGUUCCGUGCGCCAAAGCACCCUUCAGACAGAGAAAGCAUUACUCGUUCACGACGACCAUCGAGAACCUGCACCACGGGCUCCCGAGCUCAGGAGUGCCGCUGCACGCGGGCACCGCGAGAGGCCAGCACGGCGCCAGCAAACACGGCGCCCAGGCCGAAGAACUGAAGCAGGAGCACUCUGUUAGCGGGUAUGAGCCCUCUUUUGGUAAGUCUUCCAGAAUGAAAGCGAAAGACACAACUUUCAGAGAUAAGAAAAGCAGCCUCAUGGAAGAACUCUUUGGAUCGGGCUACGUCUUACAAAAUGACCAGUCAAGCCGUGCUGUGACGAAAGGAUCUGAGGAGACUUUGAAAAGUAAGGAGACGCUUCACCUGCCUCCCAGUCAGGCCUCCGCCAGCAAUGCUUUUGGAGACUCUAAAGUAACUGUGGUAAAUUCUAUUAAGUCAUCUUCACCUACGGAAGAAAAAAGAAAGAUAAUUAUUUAAUCAAUAUCCUAAUACAUUCUGGUUUGAUACACUGCUU